ACACCGACCCACAAAGGAAGGAGGAACCCGCAUUGACGCACCAUCUCCUCCUAACUCUAAAAACCCAGAGAACUCCUGCAGGAGACUCAGCUCAAGCAGGAGCUCCGGAAAGAUGCAGGACUUCCUCCGGGAUCUCCUCUGAGGCUUCAGUUCUGUGGACAUCACUCCUCAAGAUCAGAGACCUUUGUCCUUCUGCAGCUCAUUUUCUUCACGUCAUGUGAAGAUCUGAAAACAAAGUCCAUUUCUGUUUCCACAGAUUGCAGAGCAAAACAUCCUGAAGUUUCUUACAGUCAGGUCCAGACAACACCAGUGCUUCACCGCCUCUCAGAAUCUCAGAAUGACUGACAGAGAAGGAAGAAGCGACCUGGAAGACCAAAGCAAACUCGGAGAAACGGACAGAACGAUGGAUGAAGAUACUGAGCAGAUCUGGGAUCUUCAGGACAGGGCCGAUGAUCUGUCAGAGGAGUCCUCGAUGCUCAGCCAGCUGGAAUGCUCCGUCUGCUGCAGCAGCUUCGACAACAUCUUCAGGACCCCCAAGCUGCUGGACUGCACCCACACCUUCUGCCUGGAGUGUCUGUCCCGCCUCCACACCAUCUCACCUGCUCCCCACAACCCGAGUGGGGAAAGCAAACACUUGACCUGCCCCAUCUGCCGUCACCACACCCCCCUGCCCCAAGACGGUCCGCCAGCUUUGACCACGAACCGCCAGGUCCUCUGCCAGCUCCCCAGACACCAGCGGGAGGAGGAGCCUGUGUGGCUGGAGGGGAAGAAGCUGUGUUGCCAAAGCUCCAGGGGGGGUUCCGGUCCAGAGAGCGCCGUCUGCAUUUACAUUGGGGAAAAUAAGGCGGUGGGGGUUCCACUCCAAACAAACCAGCUGGAUUAUGACCAGAUGGACAGAAGGUCCAAAUACAAUAAGAGCGUGUUCUUUGUGAUCUUGGUGCUGCUGGUUUUCUCUGCGUCCUGGUGCAUCAUCCUGACUAUAUGCAUCAAGUCUGGGAGCAAAGACUCGGACUCCACGGCUGUCGUCCCCCUCAACCACACGCUGGAUUUACCCCCAAACCUGAACGGAUGGAUAAAGUGAACACAGCCAGGUGGGAUUAAGAUUUGAGGCCAGGAUUUCAACCGAGAGCUUAAGUUUCCUAUCCACCAAAACCCAGAAAAGUCCCAACUCAGUGUUUAGAGAAGUAAGCUUGAUGUUUUUAAAGGGUCAUUCAUUUAAGGUAAAAAUGAGGAGCAGGGGCUCAAAGUCAUAGAAAGACAACAAAAAUAUUGUUCUUGUUCUUUAAGCAAUAUGUAAAUAGAGGAAAACUUUAAAACAAAGUACUGGACUAGAACAGUGUUUUGUACGAGAUAAUAUUCUGCUUUUUACAGCCGUCUUGGGAAAACUUUAUACUAUGAUAGUACAGACUAAACAGACAUUUUCUGACUAAUUCUCACAGUUCUCAGAGUCAGUGAACGCACCGGGACUGAAGGUACCCCCCUCAUUGAUUUUGAUUAGUCCUUUGUGUUAGCCCCGCCCCAAAGACCCACAAUGGGGCCAAAAGUUUUGAAACUGACAUUUUCAGAUUCCAAAACAAACAAAAAAAAAGAUUUGAAAGUGAAAAAAAAGUUUUUAAGUUUACAGUUUGAAACCUGAAAACAGAAAAUUUGAAGCUGAAAACAGAUGAGGUUAUUUUAGAAUAGCAGAAAGUUUUGGAUAUUUUGCAUUUUUGGGCCAAACACCAAUUCUUUAUUUUGUUUGUUUUAUUUGGGUUUCAAAUAUUUAUGGCCCCAAAAUAUGAAUGAAACAGAAUUUAAAGAAGGCAGUUUUAAUCUGAAAACAUGACAUUAAGCAGAUUAAUUACUGCCAGACCUGUAGUGAGGAAGCUAUGAGCUCGCCUAAAUACGGUUCUUUUGUUUAUUUUAUUUAGCCCUUACUACCCAACUUCCUUCUUCUGCACGCUCUGUGUUCUGACUUGAUGCUCCGAGCUCAGUCGUCUGGCUAAAGUGCUAACGGACUCCUGGACUAAUCUAGAGCGUUUUUCUGAACUAUAGCCACAUUCAAGCUCGUUGAAUUCGCGGAUAUUGAAAGGUUUCAGCUGCUUCACUGUCACAUCUCUUCAGGUCUCUGAAGCAGCAGAAGUUUCUCUCCCUCUCUCUCUGAGUCCGAGUGGAGUCGAAGUACGACAGAACACUGGGAGUACUUUGUAAUGACGUUUUUCUUUCUUUUUUUGUUAUAUCACUAACAAGAGUUAAUUAAUUAAUAUUAAUACAAAUAAAAGCUUAAAAAGGGCAGAUGCUCAAGCACCUCUAAGUGCUGGAUUCUGGUUGGCUGUAAGUUGUCCAUUAAAAGUGAUAAUGGAAACCAAUAAAUGAAGUUCUGGUCA